AUGGGUCCAAACCAAUGGGUCAACCUGAUCCACCACGGGUGUGAGCAAGCGUGCUUCGUCGCCUCGACUUCUGUGACUGGUUACUCUCUCUCUCUUUCUUCUCACACUCAGACACUCCUUCACUCUUCAUACAAUUUCAAAAUCCCUAAUCCAUCCUUUACGCUGCAUUCUUCUCAAAUGUGUGUGUUUGGCAUUCUGCAUUUGGCUGUGUUGAGGCGUUUGGUUUCCUCAGAUGCCUCAUGUGAGAUGAGGAAGAAAACCAUGGAUCCCUCCUCUGAGAAGAAGUUCCGCGGCGUCCGACAGCGACUGUGGGGGAAAUGGGUGGCGGAGGUUCGGAAUCUGGCAAGAUGA